AUAUAUUUUAUUUAAUUAAUUAAAUAUUUAUAUUAAUUAUAUUUAUGUAUUAUGAUUUAUAAAAGUAACAGAUUUUUGUAUGUAUUAAUCUUAAUUUACAUACACAUUUUUAACGUUUGUCAAAGCACAAUUUCAUUUCAUGGUCAUAAAAAUGAUGUUUAUGAGGAUUAUGACAUUACGACGAUUUAUAGAAUCACAGAUAUGUCUAUAUUCAACAGCAGCAGCGAAACAGGUGGAUUCAUGGAUGAUAAUUUCUUAGCUGACUUUAAUGGAAGAUAUUCAAUUGAAAUACAUUUAAGAACCAAUUCUAUUGGAAUGCCAUUACAACUCUAUGAUGGUAUUCAUAGUAUGUCAACAAAUACAAAAGAAAUCAUUAAUCUUCAAUCAUUUCAGAAUAAUAGUCAAAUGAGUAUUUCGUAUAAUUCAAAUAAUUGGAUACAAAUGAAUAUAAAUAACUUGAAUGGAUACAAUAACUAUUGUGCAGAAAAAAAUCGUUACAUGAUGGACUAUACUACUGUACAUUUGAGUUCUGGAAAAUCUUUAUAUAAUUAUUGCUAUAAAGUUUUCAAUUAUAUAUUCAGCUAUAACUAUUGCUCAAAAUUUACUUCAUGUACAUUUUUUACAUUUUAUUGGACACCUGAUAAAGACCAAACAUGUUUAACUAUGACAUAUUAUAGUUAUCACAGAUAUGAUAGCGAGGAAUUUUUCAUCACAAUGGAUAUGUAUGAUAAAAAUAAUAUGGUUAUAUCUUCAACUGAAUUAAAUAAAUAUAACGGUGUAAGGACAUUGAAAAUUACCAAUAUUGCUUUUAAGAACAAUGAGAAGUAUAAAUUGUCAUUACAACUUAAUUUGAAGAACAUGUAUUAUAAUGAAGUUGAAAAUUAUUUACAAUUUGGACUCAUACGAAUUGCCGAAUGUUCAAAUGAUGGUGAAGAAGAUGUUCGAAUUGUUUCUGCGGAUAGUUCUUUUGGUAUAAACCCAAUACCAUUCAACAUUGUUGGAAAUAGUGUAGUGGAACGUUCCCUUCAGUACUUAAAUCCUUGUUUAAAUGGUGGAUAUUUUACGAAAUUGUCAAAUUGCGUUUGUCCUCCUGGUUUUAAAGGACAAUUUUGUGAGACAGGGUGUGGAUUAAAUUCUUACGGAUCUGACUGUAAGGGAGUUUGUUCAAUACAAGCUGAUAAAAUGUGUCGUGGAAUGUUAAUGUGUACAAGUUAUGGGUGUACAUGUCCACCAGGACUAACCGGUCCAUGGUGUAACAAAGACUGUACACUAGGUACAUAUGGAGCUGAUUGUAAACAAACUUGUUCCAGUAAUUGUCUUAAUAAUACAUGUGAUCAAUAUACAGGUGUCUGCUUACGCGGAUGCUUAGCAGGAUACGUACCACCAUAUUGCCGUGAAAAAUAUCCAUACUUAGUUAACCCACCUACGUUGCUUUCGGCCACAUACGAUAGAAUUAUAGUAGGAUUGAACUUUGAAGAAAAUAGUAUUACAAAAUAUGGAGAUAAAAUUUUGAAUAUAAAGUAUUAUCAACUAUUUUAUAAGUCAUUAAUAGAAGAUACAUUUAGAAGUUCUGAAAUUAAACCAAUAAGCAAUACCAUCAAUACUACUUCGGAAGUUAUUAGUGACUUACAACCAGAUACUAAAUAUAAGAUUGGAGUAUUGUUAAUUUCAGAUGAUGGGAAUUUUAAUGAUAAAGAUGUAGUAUAUGGUCAAUAUAAGACCACGUGUAUACAACCUCAAAUUACUGAUUAUAACAUAAAAUUGAUGAGUGGAAUACAAAGCAUAAACAUAACUUGGGACAUAAUUACUUCAAAUCGACUAGAAUGCAAAAUUACAAAAUACGUUUUGACUUUAAUGUCAAAUCAAUCACAAAACCAAAUAACUGAUGUACAUGAAAUACUAUCAAGUACAGAAAGUGGUCACUUUUUAGAUAAUCUUCUUCCAGGUUUUCAGUAUAACAUAAAAUUAACUCCUUCAACAAGUAAUGGAACGUUACCAUCAUCGCCUAUAUAUGCAUUCACUACUCUUAUGUCAAAAAACGAUGUUCAAGUAAAAAAUAUUUCUAUCAAACAUGAAAAUGAAAAAAUUAAAUUAAACUGGAUUUUGGUAAAUUCCAAUCAACAUUAUACCACAGUUCACGAGCCAGUAACAUCAAUAAUCAGAUAUAAACUCAAACGAAUUCUUAGUUGUUCCAUAAGAGAAAUAGAACAAAAUUGGACGUCAAUAACAAUUUACAACCAUACCAACUAUGCAAUAUUUAAUAUAGUGCCUAAUUCUCAAUAUAGUAUACAAGUUUUGAUUGACGUCAAUGACAAAAAUACUACUCAACAAGAAAAUAUGAUAGAUGUAUUAACACCAGCAUCAAAUCCAAAAACUGAACCUAUCUUAGAUCCCGAGCAUCCAAUUUAUAUUACUAAUAACUCUAUAUUUGUUCAAUGGAAAGUUGAUUCAGAAAAUUGCUCCAAGCUUAAUGGAUUUUUAUCACGAUUUUAUAUAGAAUUAAAGGAUACGGUUGAUGACAUUUUACAAGUAAGAGAAACGAAAAAUAAUUACAUUUCCUUUGAUGAUCUAAAGUCAAACACAACUUAUGAACUGAAAGUAUUUAUAAAAACACACAUUGGUUAUAAUCCUGAACAUUUUCUACUCGUCAACUUUACGACUAAAUUUGAAAAUUUAAAAGCAAUUGAAGAUUUAGUAGUUUAUAAAAAGAGUUUAAAGAACCGUAUGGUAGGAUUUCGCUGGAGCUAUUCACAAGAUACAAAUUUAAAGGGAUUUAUAGUUUCGUUUAAUGAGAGUAAUUUUAUCAUACCACCACAAAAAUGCUCAGCGUGGCCAGAAUACUAUUGUCAUACAUUCUAUAAUUUGAGCCCCAGCAGUAACUACACAUUUAAAAUUAAGCCAAAAUCGAUAGAUUAUCCAGAAGGUGGUAAGGUAUCGUCAAUUUAUUUUAACAGCAUCGAUGGACAACCUGAUUCUCCAAUGAACUUUAAAACGACCAAAAUUGGUAGCACUUCUAUGUCUGUCCAGUGGGAUAUUCCAUGGAUAUUCAACGGUGAAUUGAAAAUGUUUAUUAUAAACGUCGAAGAAAUUGCAUCUGUAGAUAUGGAGACGUGUUGUGUUAACAUUGCACCAACAGAAAUUUUAAUUUAUGAAGAACUACCUACAUAUAACCAUACGAUUACUGGCUUGCAACCCGGAUCAACAUAUUCAGUUGGAGUUUUAACUGUAUCCAAAUCAUCAUGGUACAGUUCACCGUCUAGACUACCAGUUACAACUAUUGAAGAAAUGUAACUAUUAGUAUAAAUAUUAAUAUUAUUGUUUCCAAUCAUUUUUAUAUUCUUUAUUAAACAAUAAGAAUUUACAAUAUUUAUAUAUGUUUUUGAAAUGUAUUAAACAUAAUAUUAUAAAACUAUAAUAAUGUAGUAUAGGUAUAGUACUUUUUGAUAUCAAGUACAUAAUCUAAACAUUAAUAAAAUGUA